AUGAGCAACACCACGAUAACUGUGACUGAACUUGUAUUGCACUGUGUGAUUAAUGCUGACCAGAAGAGUGCAACAAUCUCCAUACUCACUUUAAUCUAUUUGCUGUCCUUGUUUGGAAACUUACUGGUUAUUACAAUCAUUGUAAUGAACAGCCAGCUCCAUGCUCCGAUGUACCUAUACAUUGGCACCUUAGCAGUGAUAGAUCUGGCAAACAGCAGCGUCCUCAUUCCAAAAAUGCUGUCUGUUUUGCUCCUGGGCUCCUCGGUGGUGCCGUUUGGAGCCUGUGUGUUGCAGAUGUUUGUGGUGUUCCACGUGGAGGAGAUGGAAUCCCUACUUUUGCUGUUUAUGGCAGUUGAUCGCUACAUAGCUGUCAUUUAUCCUUUGAGAUACCCCUCAGUCAUUACAAAUAAAACUGUCUGGACUGGUAUCAUAGUUGUAAAUAUUUUUGGCAUCAUUUUUAAAUCCCCUUGUAUAUUUUUUGCUACAGAGCUUUCCUUUUGUCACUCAAAUGUUUUGCCAUACUGUUUCUGUGAUUAUGCUACCAUGAUUCAUGUUGCUUGCAACGAAGACCCAAAAUACUUGAUGUUUUUAGCAGCUGGCUGUAUUACAACUGGCAUCCUCCCAAUGGUACUGAUUCUCUUUUCCUAUUGUAGGAUUGCUUUGGCAGCACUGAAAAUUUCAUCUGUUGAGGGAAAGAAGAAGGUUUUCAGUACAUGUCUUACCCACCUGCUGGUGGUCGGGCUCUUUUAUAUCCCACUAAUGCUAUCCUAUAUAUUGCCGGGAGCAGGAGUACAGCUGUCCACAGAAUCGUAUAAUGCAAUGGUCAUCGUAGGAAAUGUGCUUCCCCCCAUGAUGAACCCUCUCAUUUACAGCUUCAGGAACAAAGAGAUAAAAAGCAACAUCCAGAGGAUUUUUACAAAGAAGCACGAUGCUCUUUCAGAGAAACAGAGCUAG